AUGGUGGGUCGUUUUAUUCUCUCACCUCCCCCCCCCCCGCCGUCCGACGGGCCGUUAAACCGCCGCCUGCCCCUCGCGCGCGGGAAAGCAGGCGGGCCGUUCUGUGGAGAUUCGAUAUGGGCGGAGAUAGGUAGAGAUACACAGAUACGGCUCUAGGUAGGGUGGGGCCUGAGGCGGCGGGGACGGCGUUUGGGUGCGAGGAAGGUGGCGGUGAGGGAGGGGCGCGGCAGGGCGGCUCCUCUUUGGGGUCGGGGGGCUGCGAAGGGCUCGAAAGCGGCAUUGUGGAGACGGUGUCCGGGACGGGGGAGGGCGGCUGGGAUUCCUGCAGGGGGAGAGGACCGGGCGUCGUCCUCCCCUCCUCACGGCACAAGCGUUGCAAGGCGGCAACGGCUCCGUACGAUGCGCGUUAAGAUGGAGGGGGACGGGUGGGGACGUCCGCAGGGACCCGGCAGGAAAAAUGGUGCUUGUGGAGGCGCAGAGGCGGAACGCGAGCUUCGGGGCAGCGUCGCUGUGUGGUGGCGGCGGCGGCGGCGCGUGCACGCACGUGAGAACGGGCAGCUGGGAGAGGGCGGGGUGGCAGGCACCGCCCGGCACCCUGUGUCUCAGGCUCCGUAGCAGGGGCGCCAACUGGAAUACAAUAUUCGAGGAAGCCCCGCCCUGCAUUAUCGAUCGCAUGACGAGGUGCACCCGCACCAUUUGAAUGGCAAUACCCAACUGGGGACGGGGGGGGGGGGGGAAUCAAAUAUUUUAUAGGGAGGGAGAGGGCACGAAUGGACCUCUGCCCCUAGGAGUUGGCGCCUGUUUUCUGUAGGGAGGAGUUGGGGAAAGGAAAAGGAAGAUCUCGGGGGACAGGAGAUGAACCCCCCUCCUUUUUCCCGCUCCUGGGUGGAGUGUGGUAGAUGCAUCAGCAAAGGAAAUUGUAAGAUGGCUUUCGUUGACUAACCAACCUUGUUUUUUUGAGUUUGGCACUUCAGGAGAGUAGUUUCCUGCACCUUUUUGUAUAUUUUUCGCAAACCUUGUGUGCAUGUGUGGACGUUUAUUGCGCAGCAGACAGCAGCAUCAAAUAAAACUUUUUGUUCUUGUUCAGAAUAGAUACUGUAUCUGAAGUACAGCUGGAAAUCAAAACAGUUUGUAUUAUGUGGGGAAGCGGUUUGAAUGUUUGUAGCUGCUGGCUUUCUUCGCUCAUUUUUGGUCUGCUGCAAGUAUUGUCACCCCAUAUCUGAUAAAGCAUGCAAAAUUCCCAUUGUUAUUUACUUGCAAUGAAGCAGUUCACUGGAAACUUCAUUCUGAUAUUGCGUCAAGUUCAUGCAUUUAAAUAAAAUGCAGAUGUUUCUGCAGUUAAAAAUGGUCUUUUCCAACAUUGGAAGAAAAGAUAAACAUUUCCUGAACUCUGACUUCAGUAAUCUUUGAUAUAUUCAAAGAAUGGUCCAGAGGUGGUGGACUUUAUAAAUGAGAUUAGUAAAAGAGAGAGAGCCUCCCUAUUUAAGUCACCUGUUUGUUGAGUAAUCAUUUUAUGAGAUGCCAAUAAAAAGGCUGGUUAAUGGAUAGCAUGGGUAUUGGGUAUUUGCUACUAGGCUGGGAGCAGUCAGUGCGAACACAUAUCUCCAGUUCUUUAGCAGCCUUCUGAGUACAAUUCAAAAUGCUGGUGCUUGCUUCUAGUAAUACAGGGUUUGGUAUUUGGAAACUUACGGGAGCACCUGCUCCAACAGGAGCCUGUCUGUACACUGAAAAUAUUUGGAAGUCUUUCUUUGGGUGCCUUUCAUCCAAAGUGAGGCAGAUGGCAGUGACCUUCUAGGAUGUGACCCCCUCCCCUUUAGAACCUUCUCCCCAAAGAGGUUCACUUGAUACUUACUCUUGUCUUUUUUGCUAUCUGGCAAGAUUUAUUUCUCCCCAAAAUUAUUUUUGUGCAGGCAUUCUUGGUUGGUUGUUUAUUGUUAUUGGUUUUUUGUCAUCUUUAAAUCAACCUGUUUCUUUUUUUUACAUUGAAUAUAAACUUACAAAACCUCAUACAGGCACACUCAUUAGGAAGCUAGAAUCAGCUGUUGCUCCUUUUUUAGCAUAGUUGCUUAUUCAUCUCUUUGAUUAAGCAUUACCCACAUUUAAGCAAACUUGUGUCAGCAACAGAUCCAUGUGCAGAAUCACGCGUACUGUCAAAUCCCUAUAAGGAAGUGGGGUGGAAAAGUUUUUAAAUGCAGUGCGUGGGAGAAGGGAGCAGAUGCCUCUGCACUUCACCCUUAAAUAUUUUUUAAAACCUGCCAUUUUAACAUAGUAAACUUCUCCCAUGAGGAGAAAAAUCUGAAAAAGCAAUUUUAGGUGGAGAAACACAUGAGGGUUACUGUUAUUCUUGUUUUAUAUGGAACUGCUGUCUUGCCUUGUUGCAUCUUGAAUGCAUCCUAAGCCCUGAAAGCUAACUGAACCAGAGCAAUGAAAUGCUUGAAAAGAUGCAGUUGUGCUGUUGAAGUGGGAGAUGGGGACAGGAGAGUAGAUACAGUGGAACCCCGGGUUACAUACGCUUCAGGUUACAUACGCUUCAGAUUACACACUCCACUAACCCAGAAAUAGUGUUUCAGGUUAAGAACUUUGCUUCAGGAUAAGAACAGAAAUCGUGCUCCUGCGGCGUGGCGGCAGCAGGAGGCCCCAUUAGCUAAAGUGGUGUUUCGGGUUAAGAACAGUUUCAGGUUAAGAACGGACCUCCGGAACGAAUUAAGUACUUAACCCGAGGUACCACUGUAUAGACUGUAGGGUAUUCCAGGCUCCUUACUUUUUUUUUUUUUUUUUUUUGAAAAAAAAGUUUAACGUAUAAAGAGAAAAGAUAAUGCUGACAAUAUUCUACCAAAUUUCUUCACUGAUCAAAACUGGCUGCGGUAUAACUAAAGUACCUGUCAGUUACUAUAAGCAGAUUAAAUUAAUGUUGUGUGCAGUGUUUGAAAUUUUGCACCUGACCUGACUAUUGGCCACUUGAGACCAAGUAAAGAUUCCUGGGGGCCAGGGUGGUGCCUAACAUCACCAUCUGGAGGUUCGUGCUUGGGGAUCAUUGGAUCAUGACUGCUUUCUCACACUAAUACUACACCUUGUAGAAUUAUAUUAAUUAUGUUUCAUCUGCACAAUUGGAAUGAAUUUCAGGAACCAAAACGCUUUUUCUGUGUAGCCUGUAGGGCAGGGGUCCUCAAACUUUUUAAACAGCGAGCCGAUUCACUGUCCCAUGCACACUGCACAUAUUUUAUUAGUAGUGCACAAAAAACAGGAAAAAAAUACAAUAUUUAAAAUGAAGAACAAUAUUAAUCAACAUAAACUAGGCUUCCCUAGGUGGGGAGGGAGCGAGGAAGACCCAGCCUCUCGCUGAGAUGGGGGAGGAGGAGGAGACUGAGCAGGCUUUGUCCUGGCCAGGCAACAUUGGUUUUCCAGUUUUCCAGGCAACAUUGGUUAGAAUUGCUCUUUUCUUUCUAUUAUUUAUUCUAGCUGUAAGCUGUUCAAUAUGUAAAGCAGUAUUCUGCAAUCCUUUCCAACCACUCUCAAGUCUGUGAUCCUCCUGUAAGCCAACACAGUGUUAUAGCCAGUCCCCCUUGGGAAAGUGGAGAGAGGAGAAGCCUUGCUGCAGAUGUUUUGUCAAUUUUCUUUCUCUGCUUGUGAAAUGGACACAGAUCUAGGUUUUGUACUGUAGCCCUCAGCUUUUAAAAAAUUGACUUAAAAAUGCCAGGGAAUUCAUAUCAUAGAACACUCCUGUCUUCAUAACUUGAAGUAAUUAUAAGUAAUUUAAGAAGCGUUUUUCAGUGCCAUUUAACCCUGUCUUAAAUUUUAAAAUAAAUUAUGUAGCUUGGGUAAUUUUUGGAGGAAAUUGUGCUAAUACCAGAAACCAUAAAACACUAAAAAUUCAAAUUUGUUGCAGCAUAAUCUUUCAGGGACAUGGCAUAAAUGACUUUGACUAUCUCUAGCCCAGAAAUGUUUGUCACGAUACAUUUGUUAAUCUUUGUUUGCUAUAGUAGAGUAGCACAACCAACCUUCUGGAGUAUAUUCACAGUAAUGAAGCUGUUGAAUUACUCAGCAAUUUUGAAUCAAAGCAAUCGGUGCAAUUGAUGUGAUUUUCAAGCUUUCACAUAUGACCUCCAUUAGUUUGUUAAAAUGAAUAUUUUAAAGUUAGGGAAUUUCUAGACUUUUCCCAGUUGACACCCUCUCAAAAACUGCCAUUGGGGCGGGGGGGGGGGGAUAAAUAUGUGGAAUCCUUUAAAAACAAACAGACCCUAAACAUUACUACUUUAAGAGGAUUAAAUGCAUUGUGUAUAAUAGGGAAUUGUAUCCAGGGGGUGGGGGUGGAAUUGGCUAAUAGCAUAAUUUCACAAAUGCUUGUGCUACGAUAUUUAUAUUUUAUAGCAGUGUUCAUGCUUCCACUGCUGCAAAAGAGAGAACACAUUUAAAUUUAGUUAUGAAACUUAAAAGUUGAUACUUUAUUUUAUCAGCACAAAGAUUACAAAGGAACCCAAUGUGGACUUUGGUGGUGGCAACCCAGGUAAUAUGGAGGUGGCCUUCUGAACCUGAUAGCUGCUUCCCAAUUCAAUAUAAAAAGCUGCUUGUCAAUUUGUUUUAGACUAUUACUAUUUUCCAGAACUGAGCUCUGCAUUGACAUUGAAUAAGUGUCAAUUUAGGGAUUGGCUCUUCUGGUUAGAAUCCAGAAGGGACCUGCAACUAAUUAGGAACACCAAAUUUCCCCCCACACCUGAGAACAGCAUUUUAGAGCUAGUUAUUUGACCAAACUCUCACCAGUUUCCUUAAAAAUAUCCUUAUUGAGCUGUGUUUCCAAGUGAUGGCCACCACAGGUUCCAUAUGCAGACUGGCUUUAUAUUUGUGGUCAGCCUUAGGCGGAAGACAUCACUCAUUAUCUGUUAGCCUAUCCUUUAUAUAGAGACCCAAGAAAACCCUUUUUUGAAACCUUCAUUCUCAGAAGCAAGCAGGUGUUCCCCAGCAGAAAUGUUUCAAUUCUUUUGAAUGGCAAUUAAAGCUUCGUAACACAGAGAGCGGCCAUUUAUGCACUGGAUACAAAAAAGAUCAGGAAAAAUGAGUCAGAUAAAAUCACUAUAAAUUGUUUUGGUGACUCGGAGGUUUAAUCUGAAAUUAAGCUAGAUUUAGACUUGGUGGUGUCUCUGGUAUCUUCUUUCUUUUAUAUCAUAUAUGUUGGAUUAUAUAUUAUCGAUGUUCUGUAUUAUUUUAUUAUUAUUUCUACAAGUUUGUCACAGCCUUUGGCUAAAACAAUAAACUUAUGAACUGACUAACAUAUGUUUGUUCCAUAUUUAUAUCUAUUUUUUUCUUGAUCUCAAAGUUAUUCAUUUCAACUCUGCUUGAAAUGGUCUUGUUGAUUUCCUAUUAGGAAAAAAAAUACAUGGCUCGCCUAAAGCAGAAAUAGCCAGUGUGAUGCCUUUCAGAUAUUGUUGGCAUACAGCUUCUGUCAUCUCUGACAAUCAGCCAUUGGAUUAAUGAAAAUUAGAGUACAACUGAAUCUGUAGGGCAUCAUGAUCUAAAGCCGUGGUUCCCAACAUGGGGCACACACCCCACAGGGGGGCGAUUUGAUUGGGGGGGGCAAGAAUGAGUUAGACCAAGUUAAUGGCCUUUUAAGGGACAUGGGUGGCGCUGUGGGUUAAACCACAGAGCCUAGGACUUGCCGAUCAGAAGGUCGGCGGUUCAAAUCCCUGCGACGGGGUGAGCUCCCAUUGCUCGGUCCCUGCUCCUGCCAACCUAGCAGUUCGAAAGCACGUCAAAGUGCAAGUAGAUAAAUAGGUACCGCUCCGGCGGGAAGGUAAACGGCGUUCGCGUGUGCUGCUCUGGUUCACCAGAAGCGGCUUAGUCAUGCUGGCCACAUGACCCGGAAGCUGUAUGCUGGCUCUCUCGGCCAAUAAAGCGAGAUGAGCGCCGCAACCCCAGAGUCGGUCACGACUGGACCUUUACCUUUUAAUGGCCUUUUAGGCUUCCUCCAUGUGAAUAGUUCACUUUUUGAAUAAGAAUUACAUAUCACAGGAGGGGCAACAGGAUUUUAGAGAUGCUUAGGUGGGGCAUGGCCAAAAAAAGGUUGGAAACCACUGAUCUAAAGGAACAGUCAUUCAAAAUACUGUGGUUUCUUUCUCUUUCUUUUUAGGCACUCUCAAAUGAUGAUGAAGCUCUUAUUAACAGAAAGUUGCCAAAAGAACUCCUUUUAAGGUAAUUCUACAUUAGAAGUUUAUAGUUUUAAUCUGAUUAUUGCUUAUAAAAUGGAUUUCAUUCGUUUCAAAUCUAAGUUUUAUAAAAACUUAUACAUGCCUAGUUUUAACUUCAUUUGUUGCAAAAAUGUGUCAGUAUGUAGUUUGAGGAUAGCUUUUUAAAAGCGCGUUACCAAUGCAGCUAGGAAACAAUAGCUUUUUCAUUGUUGUCAAUUUGGAAUUUUCUGUGAAAAAAUCAAGCUUUAGAAAAGUUGGUAAAUACAGGAUAUUUUUUUAUUAUGGCAUGGGAAUGGGAGGUAAUUUGCAUAAGAACUAACAGAGAAUUGACUACUCGUGUCCACUUGGAGUUGAUGCUGGAUUUCCAUUAUCUCUUUGCUCACUUCCCCCAUACUUUGCCCUUUUAAAUUUUAAAGCAUCAGUGGAGAGGGGGGAAAGUUGCAAUUUUGAUGAGAGCAGUGGAAGAAGGGGCUUCUUUCAUCCUCCAUACACCAUUGUUCUCAGGCUGCUAUUACCCCUGUAGCAGAUAAAAUAUAGGCAUGAAAUAUGAGUUUCAUAUUGAGUGUAUGAGUUGCUGCAGAUAUAAUGUUCUCUUAACUCUUUCCAAAGUUAAAAUCAACUAUCCACCAUAAACCUCUGCUGAGCGAAAUUGUUUUUUGGUUUGCAUUUACAGGUACCAGUGACAAUAAAAAAAGUUCUAUUCCUCUCCUUUGCUUGAUACAAUCAAGUGGGACUUCUAGACUCUUCUGUGUGGCUUAACUUUGUGUACUGAGUGUGGCAGCUGAGACUUUGAUUUUCUUCUUAAGCACACAGAACAGCAUAGUUGGGCAGAAGGGUCCUGAGUUACAUGACAAUAUCUAGUAGGCUAUUUCCUAAUUAUAGUUUUCUUACCCUUAGAUUGAUGGGAACAGAAAGGUCUCAAAGAGAGUUUAUCUAGUAGCUUAUCCAGAAUUGUAUGGAAUAAAUAUAUAUAUUGCUGGUAUAUGAUACACCAGGGGUUGUCAACCUGGUCCCUACCGCCCGCUAGUGGGCGUUUCAGGAUUCUAGGUGGGCGGUAGGGGGUUCUACGGCACAAGCUGAAUCCUUCCAUCAAGCACUGGUGGGCGGUAAGGAAAUUUUACUAUCAAGAAAGAUGCAUUAGUGGGAGGUAGGUAUAAAAAGGUUGACUACCCCUGUGUUACACCUUGCUGUAACAUUCUUCAAGCUGUGUAAUUGUAUGUACUUAGACUAUAUGUGAGAAAAGUUCUUAUAACUGCCUUUAAAACAUCUUUGGUUGGCAGCUUUCAAAUACUACCCUGAUCUGACUGAUCUAUAUGUUUUUAACUUGAGUUAAUAUGUUUACAGGAGUAUAUUAGACUGGAUUGUUGAAGAACAGUUUUACUUCUUUCUUUUUUACUUUCUUUUAGAAUAUUUUCCUUCUUGGAUGUAAUUACCUUGUGUCGAUGCGCACAAGUUUCUAAGGUACUGCUAGGUAUUUGCUUUGUAAUUUCAUUUCUUUAAGUAAAAAAAUGAAUGCAUAAUGUACACUUACAUUAAUUGUCUUUGGAAUCUCACUGUUUUAACUGUAUAGCAGAAAAAAGAGUGUGCUUACAAAGCUUGAAUGGUCCUCCUUCCUCUUUUACCAUGAGGGGGAGUUUGGAUCCUUUUUCAAUUAACCAUUGUUUAGUGUGGUGUUUGAAUCCUGAACUGUGGUUAAUGAUAGCAAUGGUUUAUUGAAGCAAACAAACUUUAAAAGCCACAAUGUGAAGUUUGUUUGCUUUGGUAAACUGUAGUAAAUAUCCACAGCCGUUUAUUUAAAACAUAAUGCUAAACUGUGAUUAACUAAAAAUGGAAGCAAAGUCUUCUAGCCGCCUCCUUGCAUCAGUGAAGGAGCAAGGAGAGGUGAUAAGCCUGAGGCUUAUUCAGUACAGUGGUACCUCUGGUUAAGUAUUUAAUUCGUUCUGGAAGUCCGUACUUAACCUGAAACUGUUCUUAACCUGAAGCACACACGUUAGCUGUCCUGUGAGAGAGAGUUUUGGGAUAAAUGUUAGUACAGUGGUACCUUGGGUUAAGUACUUAAUUCGUUCCAGAGGUCCGUUCUUAACCUGAAACUCUUCUUAACCUGAAGCAUCACUUUAGCUAAUGGGGCCUCCUGCUGCUGUUGCGCCGCUGGAGCACGAUUUCUGUUCUCAUCCUGAAGCAAAGUUCCUAACCUGAAGCACUAUUUCUGGGUUAGUGGAGACUGUAACCUGAAGCGUAUGUAACCCGAGGUACCCACUGUAUGUAACCCGAGGUAGCACCAAACCAUAGUUUAUGAACCAUAUUCCUUACAUUUCAGCUUAGUUCUAACAUGUAUAGAUGGGGAAACAAUUGAUGUGGUGGUAGAAUAAUAAUAAUAAUAAUAAUAAUAAUAAUAAUAAUAAUAUGCAUUUAUGAAAGCUGCAAUCCUGUAUCCACUUGCCUCGGACUAAGCCCCAUUGAACUUGGGGUUAUUUCUGAGUGGACAUGGAUAACAGUGCUUUCCAAGCUUUUCAUGUUGGUGACACACUUUUUAGACAUGCAUUAUUUUGCAACACGCCAAUUCAGUUUUACUAGCAAACUAGAGAUGCUCUCCAGAGGUGCAGCGUGUAUGCAAGCCUCCCGGGACGGGGGUGUGUGUGCCCAGCCCCCACCCUGCAGCCACCUUCUUGUGCCACCAUCCAUGGAUCUGAGCUUUGCAAGGCCGCUCCGGGAGGAUGGUGUGGGGACACGACAACAUGCAUCCUGAUCGAACGGUUCAUGGUUGCCAUGUCCUCCCUGAGCAGUCUUGUAACACUUGGACCUGAGGAGGGCAGCCCGAGAAAGUCGUAACCAUGCACAGCCUUUCAACUUGGAUUGCAGCCUUGGUGCCUGUUUUUGUGCUGGAAGGAGAAAGCACAGAGUGGUGGUUUUGUUUUGUUUUGCUUGCUACAAACCUGGAAAUAAGCUUUCCUUGUUUUUCCCCUCUCUCUUCCCCUGGUGAGGGUUAAAUCUAGAGACUGCCCUAUUACCAUUAUCAGGACUCCUUGAGAGAGUUUUUUGGGAGAUUUCAAUACUAGACACACCUUCCUAUUCUGUUCUAGCUGCCCUGGGGAGAAAGAAAAAAAUGGCUUUGGGAUUUCCUAGGAAUAUUGUUGGGGGAGGUUGGUGCAUUUGGAGGAAAGAUGAGUAAAUAAUUGCAAAAAAGAGAGAGGAUUUGUUGCUGAUUUUCAGGGUGUGCCGCUCUGCUUCUUGAGAGGCUUCAGUCGCUUCAGCAGAGGGAGAAUAGUAAUUCUCCUAAGGUAAAAAAAAAAAAAAAUGGCGAUCAGCUUGAUGUGACACACCUCCACACUGCAGCUGAUACACAGUUUGGAAAGCUCUGAUGUAUAGGAUCACAUUGUUUAACAGCCCUGCAAAAUGGCUUGUGUGUAUUAGCUCCAUAUUGUAGUUUAAGCUAAAGAGAAUAGUGGUUUGUUUAAGGCUUCCUAGUGAGUUCAUAACUGAGGUGAAAUUAAAAGUUGGCUCACAAGUUGCACUCCUAGCUACUUUAUCAUACCAAGUAAGUAUUAUUUCAUCCAACUUUGCAUUUAGGUAAUAUUCUUGCACUCUUACAGGAUAUUUAUCUCUCAAGAAACUGGGCCUUAAAAUAUUGCUUAAAAAGUAGUUUCCCUCAACUAAGGACCAUUUUAAACAUGGAAAAAUCCUGGUUCUGAAUUCUUCAUGCUUUCAUCAUACGUUUUGUGAGUGAUGUUUUGAAAAGACAUUGGUUAUUAUGUUGCGCAUAUAUAGCAAGCAUAUAUGUGUUCUUUGUUUAUUUCAGUCUUGGAAUGUGUUGGCCCUGGAUGGGAGUAACUGGCAAAGAAUAGACCUUUUUAACUUUCAGACAGAUGUAGAGGUUCGUAAAACUUAACAUUUUUCACUAUCAUAAAAACAAUGUAAAACUGAAACUUUGAAGUACAGGUUUGAUUUAAUUUUACAUUUUUAUCUAGCAUUAUUGGUUGAACUUUGAUUUGAAAGUAGUUAAUUGCUUUUAAUUAUCUUUUUUUUUAGAGCAACAAGCAACUAAAACCUCAUCUGACCUCUUGCCCACUGAUUGCACUGUGUCUGGUUUCAUUUUCUUACUUUGUUACAUUGCAAAUAAAGUAAGGGAUAAUAAUGAAAAACUGCUUUUCUGUACAUAAAACAAAUGGUGGCCAGGCAGCUUUCUCAAAAGGUUGAAAAAUAAUUUACAGGUUUUACCAGGUGAGGGGAUUACACAAUGCCUUGAGCUUUCACUGUCUCCUCUUCAUAAUUCUUUUAAGGCAUUCAAUUAUUAUUAUUAUUUUCUUAAAACGAAUAUUUCAAACUUUUAUUUUGUAUUUUCUUAACAGAAAUCAAUGAAACUUUUUGUAAGAAAUGUUUUUCCAUAUACCACUGAAGCUUAGGACUGCCACCAUCAUUGUUGCUAUAGUUCAUCUUUUUCCUCUUUGCACCAGUCACAUAGUUAGAGAGAGAGAGAGAGAGUGUCCUGUUCUGGUCUGGGGCUGGAUCCCACAGGGCAAGGCAGAUCAGAACUAGCAGGACCACAGAUAGCUCUGAAUGAGUGGCUUGCUCUGACAAAUGUUGAGCCCAUAUUGAGCCUUUUUAAAGCCUCUGCCCUCAUACUUCCUCUCUUAGGCUCCAUCCCAUUGUGGAUAACAUUAGAUUCUUAGAGAGGCCAACCCUCUUUAAGAUCUUUAAAUUCUUUAGUACCCUCUGGCUUGAAGUUGGGUACUGCUUGAAUUCAUGACCUGCAUCAUGAUGCACUCUGCUGUUAUGGGAGAUAGAUGGACAUAUUGGAUCAUAAUUAUACACUGAGUUUUAAAUGUUUUUGUGUAGUAUCUCAAUUGUUGCAACAGAAAGCACUUCCUAACAUUGAUCUCAAUCCUGCACAUACUGUCCUGAUUCCAGGUUGUUAUGAUGCAGUUAGGUUAACAAAGAACUAAUCUUCAGACCUAUAGAAAUCUAGAAUGGGGCAUUUCCAUCCUGGCAAAGAGGAAAGGUUGUGGUUUAAAUUGGCCCUGAUUUAGCAGGUUCUUUAUACUUUAGUUGAGCAUUUCCAGUAUUGGAGCCUACAUACUUAUGUGGUGUGAGAUUUCUACCACCAUGUAAGUUUUAUUUAUUUAUAUUUAUUUUUGAAGAAAUCUGUGUAUGCUAAAAGUGAUCAUUUUGCCAUGUCCACAUAUGGCUCUUUCCAGUAUCCCUGGCAGUUCAUUUAAAUAGAGUUGGCUUGAGGUCUUCAGCAAUAAAAACAUUUUUUGUUUUGUUUUUGUCUGUUUUAGACAUUAUUCUUCCUGGCAUGGAGCUCCUCUUGAAAGGCAUCUGGUUAGAUAUGAAGUUGAUAUUUGUUUCAUCUGUUUAAGGGCCGGGUCUUAGAAAAUAUUUCCAAAAGAUGUGGUGGGUUCCUGAGACAACUGAGUCUGAGAGGCUGUCUUGGGGUUGGAGAUACUUCUUUAAAGUAAGUAAUAUUUUAAAAGUUGCUCUUUUUAAAUUGCAUUACAGUUUUCAGCAUCAACCAUGAUGGAAAGGUGGAGGCUGCAACAAGUGUUUGAGUAGAAUACACAGUACCACAUUGACCAACUCUGGAUCAUGAGUACAACGAUACUGAUGAAAAUGCCAGUGCAGCUGAGCUCUGAACCCAGAAUUGGUUAGUCAAAGGGAGAAAGGAGUCUGCCAUUGCUGACUAGAACAAUCUACACAGUGAGAGGUGCAUUGCCUACAGUAUCCCUAUAAGUAGCUAUUCUGUCACAAGCAUUACAUCUUGCAGCCACUGACCUGCUACUCACAUUUCCUGGCUAGCUGGUUUUGUGACAGUCCCCUGUCUGGAAUAAGGUACAAUAAACCAGCUCCUGGCUGGAAGCUAUCAAAACUUAUUUUCCUCCGGUACCAUCACUGGAAAGAGUGUAGGGUUGUACAACUUUUGAAUGCCAGUGUCUCAGCGGUGUAGGGCCUGCCAGACCCCAUCAGUUCAGCACCUGUUAGACAGUGUUGGAAACUCCCAAUGUUCUAGGUGCCUUUUGUGACAGGGAAUUUCAUUAGCAGUUUCUGAGCUUCUGGGCGCAGUACUGCGCCUAAGAUUUCAGAUUAAAACUGCAGAGUGGAAGGAAAAGACUAUUUUCUCCCUUCCCACUUUUAGCUACUCUCGGAAGACUGGAGAAGAGACCCUCUUAAGAAUAUUAGGGGGGUAGGCAGGGGAAGGACUAGAACAUGUGAAAAAUGAACACCAUAAUUUAGCUGCAGUGCAUUUAUUUACAGUUUUGUACUUUUGUUAUAAAAAAGCACGCCUAGACAUUCCGUUGUUGCACCCAUAACCUAGGUUUAAGGUGCCAUUUAGCUCCUAGCUUUCAUAUCUCAGUUUCUAACACUGCUAUUAGAACUGUCUGGCAACAAGGUUGUGAAUGGGAUGUUAAAAAACCUGGUCAUGUGCAUUUUAAGUCCUUUUCUCUCCAGUCAUCAUAGGAUCAAACUGUAAGUCAUUUAAAACAAUUCAGAAAUUCUUACUGUAAUUAACCUUUUACUUUAAUUGUUUGGGGAAUUUCAGAACAGCUGUGCAGAGACACUUCCCCCUUUGCAUGAUGGCAUAAUAAUUAAAGGAAUGGAUAUGAGAUUAAUAAGUUGCAAAUAGUUUUUUAGUGUGAAAGCUCUGACAGAACCUGAAUAUUAUCUCAAACACAGCUAACAGUGUUUUUGAUGCAUUGUAAAUGUUAAGUGUCUGAUGGGAGAGUGCAUUAGUAUAUAAAAAUGUGCUCUACUUAUUUGGGCUUUUUAAUUUUAUUGCUUUUGCAGAACAUUUGCACAGAACUGUAGAAACAUUGAACAUUUGAACCUUAAUGGAUGCACAAAAAUUACUGAUAGGUAAGCCAAUGGUGUCGGAUGGGAAAACUGAUUUUUUAAAAAAAUUAGUUCGAUUCAUUUUUAGUGCCUCUCUUCCUUUACAGCACUUGCUUUAGCCUUAGCAAAUUUUGCCCCAGGCUAAAACAUCUGGAUCUGACAUCUUGUAUUUCCAUCACAAACAACUCUUUGAAAAGUUUAAGGUAAAGCUUUUUAUUAUUCAACUUACAUUGAAAUGAUUUAAGUUCAUAUCUGGAAAUCGACUGGUGCUGCCUAUUACUAGUAUUGCUGGUGUUUAAAUCAUUAUGACUGUGUGUCCUUUCCCUCAAGAUUUUGUUCUGUGAUGGCUGGCAGUUACCUUUAAUAUUUGUUAAGAAGAAUUUAAUUUGGCUCUGCUGCUAUAAUAACUACUCAAACACACUGCUUUGUUUUCUUGUUGCAGUGAGGGAUGCCAAAAUCUGGAACUCUUGAAUCUUUCCUGGUGUGAUCAGAUUACAAAAGAUGGCAUUGAAGCACUGGUGAAAGGGUGCAAUGGACUAAAAGCACUAUUUCUUAGAGGAUGCACACAGGUACAAACCUGCUAAGGUACCAAGUUGAACCCAUAAGAGUUAGUUUUAUAUUGGGGUAUCUGACAAAGUUUUUUUGAGUAAUAAAGCAGUAUUCAUUUAUUGAAGUGAGAUUUUGCCAUGCCAUACUGCUUAUGUCCACUUCUUCUGCCAAUUUAUUUUCUCUUCAUUAAUACAGCUGGUAGAUGAGGCGCUUCACCACAUUGAGACUCAUUGCCAUGAACUGGUUAUCUUAAACUUGCAGUCAUGCAUGGUAAGUACUUCUCUUUGCACUUUGUAGCGUCUAUGAUUAGAUGGAAAAGGUCAUUCUCCUAGGAUGAAAACAACAGUGGUACCUUGGUUCUCGAACUUAAUCCAUUCUGGGAUCUGUUUUGAGAAAAAAUUAAUGCUAGGCUUCACAGUUUAAUAUUGAGAAUACACAUGUACCAAACAAGCUUCUGCCAUGCAUUCAGAAUUUUGAAAAUAUUGUCACACAGCUAAUGUUCAGUUUGUCCUGGUUGUUCCAUUUUCUUUUAUAAAGUGCCACUUUAUAAAAGAAGAUAUCAAAAAUAGAAGCCUAAAGUUAUUAGGGCAUAUCAAAGAAGGGGCAAAUAAUCAAUUCCAAGGUCAGGAAUUUGGUGUACAUGACAUGCCAAAGGUAGGGAACUUGUGACCGUUCGGAUGAUGAACCAUGAACUCGAGCCAGCACAACCAGUAGUCAAUAAUUAUUUGAAUUUGGCGAGGGACAAGUACCUGUAAUCUUGGUGUUCCCUCUUCUAGCCAUGCCUCUCUCCCCUCUAUCACCGAGAGAGGGUGUCCUACUAUGGUGCCUGCAAGAUUUCUUUUCCCUAGACACCUAAAUGAAGAUCGUAGCAGGUGCUCAGCCAAACAACUCAGUCAUGGAUCCAUUAUAGCCAACACACACAAAAGGGCACAUCAUAACAAUUAACCUUCAGUCUCCCACCAAAGCAGUGAUAACUCCUAACAACUUGUGCCACACCAUUGCUAGGAGCUCCAGAGCAGUUCUCAGCUAGCAGGAAAGAAAGGGAUCAAUAAUAAUAAUUAAUAAUAAUAAUUUAUCAUUUAUACCCCGCCCAUCUGGCUGAGUUUCCCCAGCCACUCUGGGUGGCUCCCAAUCAAGUGUUCAAAACAAUACAGCAUUAAAUAUUAAAAACUUCCCUAAACAGGGCUGUCUUCAGAUGUCUUUUAAAGAUAGGAUAGCUGCUUAUUUCCUUCACAUCUGAAGGGAGGGUGUUCCACAGGGUGGGCGCCACUACCGAGAAGGCCCUCUGUCUGGUUCCCUGUAACCUCACUUCUUGCAAUGAGGGAACCGCCAGAAGGCCCUCAGUGCUGGAUCUCAAUCAAUCAAUCAAUCAAUCAAUCACCCAGCAUGGUUGCUGAUGGAUUUAAAAAAUGAGGAGAUGUGGAGUGGGGGCCAGGUGAUUCACAUUUCCCCUUCUCUAUAGUAGCUCACAAAAAAUUCUCAUGAGUGCCCUCCCAUUGUUUCCCAGCCUUUUUCUUGCUUUCCUAGAAUCAUGAACUAUAGUCAAACCUCGGUUGUCAAACGUAAUCCGUUCCAGAAGACUUAUUAGACUUAAAUGUUCAACAACCGAAAACUGAAAGCGGAAGCCUCAAUGCAAUAGGGGAAUUAAAAAUGGAAGCCGUGUAGCACCUUCGGCUUCCAAAAAUCGUUCGAAAACCGGAGCGGUUACUUCCAGGUUUUUGGUGUUUGGGGGCCGAAACAUUUGAAAACGGACCCGUUCAAGAACCAAGGUUUGACUGUAAUAGUGAUUUCUUGACAUAAUUAUUGUUUGGCAUGUUUGCACGCAAGCUUCUCUUUCUUUUUCUUUUUGGCUGCUAGUAUACUUGCUUCCUUCAGCAAAAUGCAUAUUAUCAAGGUUGAAAGGAAAUCCACCUUUGAAAUAGUGCACCAAACUGCAAGAUAAAGCACUGUGUUUGAGGAAACUCCUUUCCAGAUGACUAUAGAGCGGAAUCUAUAAAAAUGUUGACUAGCAUGCCCUUGUAGUGAAAAUAAACAGUAUGGAACAAAUUGAGAAUUGUUAUUGUUAACAUUUGUUAUUUAAUUGUGUAAACUUGAUACACCUUAAGAGAAAUUGCCUAACUUCAGAUGACAGAACUUCCCACUGUUCUUUGUUACAGCAAAUAUCGGAUGAAGGCAUAGCAGGUAUCUGUAGAGGAUGUCACCAACUCCAGUCGCUUUGUGUUUCUGGUUGUACAAACCUUACAGAUGCUUCUCUCGUAGCUCUUGGUCUGAACUGUCCAAGACUGAAGUGAGUACUAUUCAGUUCACACAUUACUGAGUGGUGGUUGUCUCCCUCUGCUUUGAAGUUGCAUUCAUCGUCAUCAGACUAGCAGGUGCCUAAUAGUUUUCAGUGACAACUAUGAUGCAGUCCAAUGCGUAUUUAUCGAAAAGCAAAACAGGAAAAUGGGGAAGGGCCCAGAUUCAACCCCUGCCAUCUCCAGGUGGUGCUGCAAAAAACUCCUGUCUGAAACCUUGGAGAAGUUCUGCGAGUCAGUGAGCUAGGUGGACCUGACCCAAUGGAAGGCAACUUUCUAUGUUCCUAAGUAAGUUCCACAGGACUUAUUUCCAAGUAAGUAUGGCUAGGAUCCUCCCCUGUGUGAUUUUAGUAUUUUUAAAGUCACAUAUAUUGAAAUUUGCAUAUUCCUGAAAACUAACUGAAAAUGUAAUCCUAUAUUACAGAUAAAUUUCUGAGACCUGAUUAGAUAUAAUACUUUUCAUUGUUAACUUAAAUGUGCCAAAGGUAGACUGUAGUCUGCAAAAGCUCAUGCUACAAUAAAUCUGCUGGCCUUGAAGGUGCCACAAAACUUUGUUGUUUUGCUGCAAUAGACUAACAGAGCCACCCAUUUGAAAAAAGUGUGGAAUUGCUAAUUAAACCACAAUAUGCAAGUAGUGGUUUAUCUUUAACCGUUCCCUCAUCUUUCUCUGCUUUCUUUCUAUAUUUUGCCCGGAAUGUGUAAUUGUGCUUUCCCCCCAGACAUUCAUAUAAAUAUUUAGGAGGAGGAUGGGCAAGCAAAACCUUGUUUAUACAUCACUAGGGACAGUGUGGAAAGAGAAGCAAGCUGCAUGGUGGGGGGAACAGCUUUUCUCCUAGAAUUAUAGCAUGGGAAGAAAGAUUCCACUUAAUCUUAGAGGAUAAGCUAAUAAUUUUUUAAAAGUUGGAAAAAUAACACACCUUCCUAAAUCGGGAACAGAAAAUAAGAUGAGUAGCAGUGGUGUUGGUUAUGCUCAUGAGUCCAGCAGUGUCUGUGGGUGCAGGCAUCUAACCCCGCCUCCACCCUCAAAAAAAGAAUGUCAUACAUUAAUCAGUAUGGGUAUACUUGCAGGUAAAGCCUACUUCCCAUUCCUGGCAGAGAAUAGGAGUCUCUGCAUUAAAUGAGACUGCAGGGAGCACACACAGAUGCAUUUCCCACCCCACUCGGGUGUAGGAAGGGGGGGUGGACCACUCCGGGUGCCCUCACUGAGGGGGGGGUGACAUUCGGCGCGCCACCCACCCACAGCUCCCAAGCUCACCCUGAGCCAUUGGGGUAAGGGGGGAGCUUUGCCGGCAGCAUUCCCCACUUCCCCCUUCGCUUUGACAGCUUGGGGGAGGCUUGGGAGUCGUGUGUGGGCGGCACACUGAAUGGUCGCCAUGGGCGGUUUGCUCUGCCCCCAUGGGCGGCUUGUUCCGCUCCCGGCUGGAGGGCGCGUGCGCCACUCCGGGCACCCAAGCAGCUAUCCCAUGCCUGGGAGGGCACCCUCUGUACCAUGCCCUCCUCGGGAGCACGCCCGCCCUGGACAGCGCAGGUAUAUAUAUGCUCUGCUGCUGACCCCACUCCAUUUGGAAGCCCUUCUCUCUCCCUCCUGCCCACAUAAUUUCAGAUACUUGCUAGUCUUAAAAUAAAAAUGAUACUUAUUGGCAAUUCUGUUUAUUGUGCAUCUCCCUCUUCCUGAUAUUGUUCCCCUCCCACUUCUUCUUAGGGUCUGUUUGUGGAGGUGAAUUUUUCUUUGCAAUGUAUUUCUGCAUUAUUUCCCUUAAGGUGAAUAUAGAAAGGUUGGUGCAUUUUAUAUUUUGUUUUGCAAUUUUUAUUUCCUGAUGGUUAUGGCUGCACUUUUCUUCUUUUCCUGCUGCUUUUUUCAGUUUUUAAAAUUGUUAAUUUUAAACUACUCCAAGGGAUGGAUCAACAAACGUAACAUGCUGGGUGAAAGCCAAAGUUCCUUUUCUAAACUCUCUUUCUUCAGCACAUCAUCAGUGUAAAAUCAAGUUCCAAAACACAUCCAUAACAAGGUAAAGAGGGUUGUUCUGUUAUAAAAACAGACUAAUCACUAGGAAACAUUGCCACCACCACAAUGAACAACUUCUUCCAGGCUAUUUGGGAUUCCUUGAAGUUACCCUAGAUGUAUUCUAGCCUUUCUAAAAACUGGAACCAAGCUAUUCUUGUAACAAUAGAACCUUUAGCAAUGGCAUAAGAGAUCAGUGAUGUGUAUAUAGUUUUGAAUGAUGCUGAUUCAGAAACAGAACAGUUGGUAUAUGCGAGAUGGAAAGUGAACGAGCAGCCUAUUUCCCAUUUAAGGAGAGAAAAAGAUAAUUCUGUUUGCUGACUACCUAAAUAAAAAAGCAGCAAGCUUAAACUACAUAAUACUUAUUGCAUCCCAUCAGUAUUCUUCCAAUGCUAGUUAAUAUAUCACAAACUUAGAUGGUCUGAAUUGGUUGCAUCCAAAAAGCUAGCACAACGUUAGUACAAAUGGCACACUACAAUGUAGUACAGUCAUACCUCGGGUUAAAUAUGCUUCAGGUUGAGCGUUUCCAGGUUACGCUCCACGGCGACCCAGAAGUAAUGGAACGCGUUACUUCCGGGUUUCGCCGCUCGCGCAGACGCUCAAAAUGACAUCACGCGCAUGCACAGAAGCGGCGAAUCGCGACCCGCGCAGUCGUGUUCUACACAGGAUGCGAACGGGUAUAGCAUUAUUGUGAUGUGCUGUCGGACAGCAAACACUAUCAGGAGGCAGCCUGUCAGAAAGUAAUUGUGUACACCCAAGCUGUAUUUUUAGAUCUGUAUCCUACCUUUUCCCCAAGGAGCUCAGGGUUCACCUGCCCUUUCUUCUCUCAACAAACCUGUAAGGUAGAUCAGAUAGAGGGAAGAGAGAUGGAUCCAGGUCCACCCACUGAACUACUUGUCUGAAUAGGAAUUUGAAACUGGGUCUCCUAAUCUGGUCCUCCUAAGUACAGUAGUACCUCUAGUUACAGACACGAUCCAUUCUGGGGUGCCGUUCGCACCCUGAAAAGUCCGCAACUAGAGCGGCGCUUCUGCGCAAGUGCAGAGCACGAUAGAGCACUUCUGUGCCUGCGUAAAGCUUGCAGAAUGCUUCUGUGCGUGCGGCAAAACCCAGAGGUAUACACUUCCAGGUUUGCCGUGUUCGCAAGCUGAAAAGACGCAACAUGAACCUAACGCAACACGAGGUAUGACUGUACAUUAUGGCAUGAAUGAUGGUUCAUUGCUUGAAAGGAACAAAAAUGGAUGGAGACACUUCACCUGGCUUAUAGCCCUGGGUUGCUUCAGGUCUUCAACAAUUUGGAAUUCCAAGAAAUAGUCAGUUCCAGGUCAUCAAAACUGUGAAUGUGAUCAAGAAGGUGUGGCCGAAUGUUGGUAAUGAUGAGAGAAUGCUAAUAAUGACCUCUGUCCAUCCACGUCCACAAGGCAUGACAGCUGUCACAGACUUCAGCCUUCUUCAUCCCCCCCGACUCGACCAAAAUGUUUUCAGGUCUCAAUCAAGGAGAUCUUCAGUUCUCAUAAUGUAUCAUCCAUAGAAACAGGAUUUUAGUCAUGUUGCAGAACUUGAAAUUUGUAGUCUCAUUGCCAACAGAGAUGAUAAAAUAAUCUAGGAUAGUAGAUGUAUUAUUUAUCCCUGUUUCCAUUGCAUAGAAUCACAUGCUAGUUUCCUGGUGUCAUCACAAGGAUUUCUUUCUGAUUAUUCUCAACUGCAGAAAUGUUUAUUUUUCAGGAUUCUGGAGGCUGCAAGGUGUUCACAUCUCACUGAUGCUGGUUUUGCACUUCUAGCACGGGUAGGUAAGGUUAAUAUUAUUUAACUUUUUAUCCCAUACUUCCUCUAAGUAUCUUAUAGCAGAACUUUUAGGCUCAUAACCCUUUGAGGUAGAGUAAGUUUCAACAAUGAAUGGAUACUGUAACUCAAUUUCACACAGCUAGACACACCUCUAGUCCUUGUACCACAUUGACCACACAUUUUUUAAAAAGAGUAUCUUACACAAGUACAUAUCUGCAUGUGCAAAGAUAUAAGGAGGAAAUCUGUCUGUUUCAGGGAGUUUGACUAGGUAACCCUUGAACUGGUUGUGACCUUGCUUUUGCCCAGCUAUGCAUGAGGGUCAAGUUCCCUUGUUUUCAGUUCUAAAAAAACUGAUUACAAAAUUAAGAUACAUUUUCCAGAUUAAGCAGGGUUGCUUCACUGUAUCUCCACCCACUGAGGAUUCAGCCUGUUGUUUUGGAUAAGAGGAAAAACAAACCACAGUUAUUCAUAUUCAGUACAUAUGAGUCGUGUAUUGUCAAGGGAGCUGACACAUAGCACGCUUUGCAGAGCAGAGAGAGAGAGAGAGAAAGAGAAAGCAACACCAGCUAACUUGCAGUUAGUUGUUUUAUUAAGAAAUCAGAACAGAAAAAAACACGGAAACUACAGCAGUGUACUCCCCCAUAGCAAGCCAUUGCUCAGACUGUCUUGCACCUCCCACUUCAUUCCCUCUGUGUCAUGCCCCUCUCUUGUGUGAGCCCCAAGGUACCUUCUUUCUCUGCUUGGCUGCUUUCUCUGCUGGGAUUGGGAGGAGCUGGCAGGCUGUCAGCAGAAACAUUGGGGUGGCUUGGCAGGAGUCACUGUCUUUGCUUUGUGCUGGGGCACCUGCUUGUUGCCCCUUUUUCCUUGUCCUCCAAACUCCCAGUCUAGUACCUCCCAGCUCUUCCCCUUUGGGGUGUGUCUGGUUGUCCACCACUAGGAGCCUGGAUCCAUCUCCUCUUCCUCUGCGCUUUUAUUUGCUGGGGGGGGCCUGUUUUCACCACCCUUCCUCAUCUAGUCAGCCCCUGACAUGUCAUAAAGUAUACGCGCCAUACUGGAAGUUUACAAAAUCUUAAAUUCUCAGUUUAGCCUUGCUUUUAAUGGUGGAAUGCUUUUUUUCUCACUUUUAGAAUUGCCAUGAACUAGAAAAGAUGGACCUAGAAGAAUGUGUUCUGGUGAGACCUAUUUGUACAAGGCCUUUGAAUCAGAUCUAGUAAAAGUAUCAUUAAAAGAUGAUGCUCUUCUGUGUCCAGAAAAACGUGCAGACUACAAAAACUACCUGAUAUGUGUUUUUGCCUAUCCCUGAGUUUGACACUGUUCUCUAUAUACUUUCUUUCUUUCUAGAUAACAGAUAGCACAUUGAUACAACUUUCCAUUCAUUGCCCUAAAUUGCAAGCAUUGGUAAGUUCCUGUUUAUUUACUUGUUUAUUUUACUUGCAAAAAGGGUAGAAAAUCCUGGGUUUUUUUAGCCUUUCUAUUUCACUUCAUCUACAGAAAGUUUCUCAAGAGCCAUGGAUAACUCUGCUUUCUUCAGUUGAAGCAGGUCAAAAUUUGGGGGAAAUAGUCUCCAACUGAAUAAGUGGAGUCACCCAUCUCAGAAAAAAAUUCCUUUUCCUAAAUGAGAGGAGAUGGAUUUGACCCGUUACAGAAAUAUGCAUUAAUGAAACAUUGCAUUUCUCAUCUUUGUUACAGAGCUUGUCCCACUGUGAACUGAUCACGGAUGAUGGGAUUCUGCAUCUGAGCAGCAGCACAUGUGGACAUGAAAGACUCCAAGUACUUGAAUUGGACAACUGCCUUCUAAUCACAGACGUGACCCUUGAACAUCUUGAAAAUUGCCACAACUUAGAAAGAAUUGAAUUAUAUGACUGUCAGCAAGUCACCCGUGCAGGCAUCAAAAGAAUAAGAGUACGUACUGCACAACUGUGCUGAGAUGCAGAGCCUCAGUGUUGAUAUAUCAAGGUAGCUCCUGGCAUGACUUUUAAUACACACCAAGACCAGUGUCGUAUCAUUUAAUAAAGUGUCUAUUCAUAGGCUGUCAUUCAGCAAGAGUGCACAAUACUGAACUCAAUGCUAUUUAAAUUUAUGCAGAACACCAUGCACCUGCAACGGGAGCAGCAUAUCCAUUUUUCUUUCUAGAAAGGGAUUUGUGAAAAAGAUGAGCAGCUUAUUUCUUCAGAUGUCUCUAUCAAGGGUUGGGAGGAAAUAUUCUUUAAAAAAUUCCCUGUCCUUCACCUUAAGGUCCCAGAGUGGGUUACAGAAUUUUUUGAAAAGGUGGAAAAACUGCUUUGGUUGCAGCUACACUUUGUUCUCCUGUGAGUUCAUAAAGUUAGGAUGAAGGCUGGCAGGAUCACCUUGAUACUGUUGCUGCCGAAUUCUGGAUAUUUGGCUGCUUUUCAUUAGCAGUUAUUAGCUCUGCAGAGCAAGAUUAACAAAAGUGGGUUGUUCUGGAAUGAGUUCCAGUAAAAAUUCAAGUAAUGAUUGUUUGCUAAAGGAUCCUGGAAAUUGGAGACUACUGCCUAAGCAGUCUGAACAGGACUGGCAAUUUAAUGAAAUUACUAAAGUGGACGUAAUUUAUUAAGGCAAUGCAGAACUGAGGGUUGGGGUCCUGUUGGGAGGGGAGGGUUCAGCAGCAAAGCAGAUGUUUGACUAUAUUGGGAUGCAAAUUGUACGGUAACUUGUUCAACAUCAUUGAGUACUAAUUUUUGCCUACAGGCUCAUCUACCAGAUGUGAAAGUUCAUGCUUACUUUGCUCCAGUAACUCCGCCUCCUUCUGUAGGAGGCACUCGCCAGCAACUCUGCCGAUGCUGCAUUAUUCUUUAG